AUGCUCGAUUUUCUGUAUCUUUCAGCUCCGGGCCUAUUGCCCAAGCCUAGCAUGUCCAUCAUCCAGCUUUUCCGAGAGAGUAUAGAUUCAGUGCAUCUCAAAUGCGACACGACUGUGAGAUUUGCAAAUAUCAGCUGGCUGCAGAAUGGGAAACCCCUCAACUCCUGCCGUCGGAUCCAGCUGUCCAAUAAUAACCAGACCCUCACCAUACAGCCGGUUCUCCGUCGUGACACCGGCGCAUAUCAGUGUCAUAUUUCCAACCCCUUGUCCACUCAGAGGAGCGACACCACCACCAUUUCUGUGAUCUUUUUCAUCCUCGGCUCUAAUUUGCUCUCGGCCCAAGCUCAGGCCACCAAAUACAACCUCCCCGUUUUCAUGAACCCCUCAAAUGCCAUAGAAGGGCAGGGAAUCAAUUUAACCGUCCGUUCUGCCCCGGCUGCCUUCUUUAUUUGCAAUUGGUAUCGAGGAGGGAGUGAUAGCAAGCGAAAUUUGAUCGUCACUCUCUACCUGCCUCCGUUAAGCGGAUACGACUUUGGACCUGCCUACACCGGGCGAGAAACUCCAGGCCCAAACUGCUCUCUCCACAUUGAAAAUCUAAGCCAGGAUGACUCUGGAACCUACACAGUGACCCAAGAUGGAUCUUCGGUCCACGGAAGAGGAGACAUCAGCAUGGAGGUUAUAGAUGGCCCAGAUACCCCUGUGAUCAAGAUGACCGCCAUGUUCCUCACCCAACGCUCCAACCGCCGGCUGAACUGCAGAGCCAGCUCGUUCCCUGAAGCCGAGUAUCGUUGGUUCCAGAACGGGAAGGAAUUCAGCAAGAACGCGGACGUUCUCCUCAAGAACAUCCAGUCAGGGACGUAUACUUGCCAGGCCACCAACCCUUUCACCCAGCAGAAGGAAAACACCACUUUGGAGAUUGAAUAG